ACAUGUGACCCUCCACACAGGAAGAGGAGUCAAGAAAUGAGUCAGAGAUUCCUCCACACGAAAAAUCCGAUUCACAUCCAAGCAGCAGCAGCAACAUGCCGGGCUGUGGGGUUCUCGGUCUCUGUCAGUAUGAAACCAAGAAGCUGGUCCGGAUUCAGAGCGUCCGGCUCGGCUCCCUGAAGUGGACUCUGAACGGAUGCAUUCUGCUGUUUAUCUGUAUUAUGAUGCUGUGGAACAGGAAGUACCAGGAGUUCGACCUGGUGGUGAGUUCUGUCACUACCAAGGUAAAGGGUGUAGCUCAGAUCCACCUGCCAAACAUCGGGGACAUGGUCUGGGAUGGCGUGGACUACAGCGGGCCCUCACAGGACAAAAACUCCUUCUUUGUGGUGACCAACAUCAUAGUGACAGAGAAUCAGAGGCAGGGAAAAUGCGCAGAGGUUCCCCUCAAAGGCAGAUUGUGUCGGACAGAUAAGGACUGUGAGAAAGGAGGCUGGGAUCAUUUGAGUCACGGGAUUCAGACAGGAUCGUGUGUGAAGUUUGAUGUGUUGCAGAAAACCUGUGAGGUGUCAGCGUGGUGUCCAGUUGAAAACAAGACGAGCCCUCCGAGGCCUGCUAUGCUAGCAGCAGCUGAGAACUUCACAGUCCUCAUCAAAAACAACAUCAGGUUCCCUGCGUUCAAUUAUAUCCGAAGGAACAUUCUGCCACAGAUGAACGACGCCUACCUGAGGAGCUGUCAUAGAGGAAACGACUCGCUGUGUCCCAUUUUCAAACUGGGAGACAUCAUUCGAGAGGCUGGAGAAAAGUUCUCUGUAAUUGCAGUAGAGGGAGGAGUCAUCGGCAUCCUGAUCAAAUGGGACUGCAACCUGGACCGGCUCAUGCAUCGCUGCCUGCCCAAAUACUCCUUCAGACGGCUGGAUGAGAAAGAGAGCAACAAGACGCUCUACCCCGGUCUUAACUUCAGGUAUGCAAAGUACAACACAGUAAACGGAGUGGAGGUUCGAACGCUGUACAAAGCAUUCGGGAUCAGGUUUGAUGUCAUGGUGUUCGGACAGGCGGGAAGGUUCAGCUUCAUCCAGCUCAUCAUCUACAUCGGAUCAACGCUGUCAUACUACGCUCUGACAACCAUGUUUAUCGACUGGCUGAUUGGAACCAGCUGUUACUCGGCAGAGGUCGGACAAGACUACUCGGAGAGGAAAGUGGAGUCAGUCCAAGACAAACAGAAGUGCAUCCUCUGUGUGUCCUACGUUGAUGAGGACAACAUUCGACUGGUGAAGAGAUCACAGAAGAAAAGUUUACAAGACCUCAAACCAACGUCUGUUAAGCCACGCAAGGUGGACACAGGACACCUGAGAGCCGUUCUCUCUCUGCUACAACCGGGUGAAGGCCUGGAUCAUGACUCUCAGCCUCCCCUUCAUCAUAAACCCGGUCCGAACAACAACGACCCACAUCGUCCAGCCUGGUGUAAGUGCGACUGCUGCAUUCCCUCCUCUCUCCCUCAGGAGGAGCUGUGCUGCCGGCAGAGCAGCGGUGCCUGCAUCACCUCGUCUCCUCUGUUUGAGCAGCUUGUGUUACGUCGCUCCUUGCUAGAGGCCGUCCUUCUGUAUCAGGACCCUCUGUCUCCACCCGCUGAUAAAGGCCAGACUGCUGCCCUGCGUCACUGCGCCUACAGACAGUACAUCAGCUGGAGGUUUGGGGUCCCACCUAAGGACACCCACCCUGCUAUCCCCAGCUGCUGCGUGUGGAGAAUCAGGGAGGCAUACCCGAGCCCGCACAGAGAGUACAGCGGCUUCAGACCAGGCCUCCAUAUCCACCUGGCGUCCAUGCAAGCCUGUGCUAAUGGAGAGCUGUGAGGAGCAUUUUCAUUACAGAGCAAGGAUUUCCCCACUAUCUGACCUACUAAUAGCGUUCUUAUGUUAGAUUUGCCUUACAAAGCCAAAAAUGCAAUUUACUUUACUCAACUGUGCAGCAAAUAAAAAUAAAUCAGUUUUUGUCAGCUUGCAUUCGGUCCGAAGGGGAAAAACCUCCCUGGCCAAUAAAUAACUGCAUUUUCUAAGA